AUGGUUGGUCGUAGGCGUUUCCACCUCAUACAGAAAACCGUCACAGCAGUUCUAGAAGAGGAGAAACAGAGGAACCGAGCCAUUGACAAGAAGUUACCCAUGCUAUUUCCUUGCCGAUGUCGCAUCCUCUGCAGUAACAGAGAACUUCUGCGUCCAGUUAUUUGGGCCUUCGACAAACUUUAUAUUGAAUAUAUGGAACUGCACAAAGACUAUAGCAGACUGUUUCAGGCCGCUUGGAUUAGACGUCAGGAAGAAAAGAUUUACUAUUCCAGGCGACCCCCACCCCCGGAAGUGGAACCCCAACGACCCUUUGUAAUUGAGGAAGUAUCGCCCUUUGAGGAUGAGAUCGCUGAUUAUUGGGCAAAGGAAGCAGCCAAAACAGGGGCUGAGGAGGUGACUGGUAGUGGUACAUCCGAAGAGCGACGACUCGAAACCGUUCGUGUGCGGAUGCGAUAUAAGUCACGCAAUCCCUUCAGGCGCUUCAUAUCUUGGUGCCGGUCCAUUGUGUACGCCUACAGGGACUGCACUUGUCUAAACUGCGACUACCGAGAAGGCCUGCUGGACUUUAGGGCGGCCUUGACUAGCCUACAGAGGGAGUAUACUACAGUCUAUCUACAAUACACUGCUCUAAUCAGUGCUCUUCAAGUCCGCCGGCCGGCACCGGGCGAUGAUAUUAAGUACAUUCUGGUGCGAGAUUUGGAUGCCAUCACUCGAUGGUUCGAGAAGACAGAGGAGAAGAAGAAGGAAGAAAUAAAGAAGGCGGAAGAAAGCGGAAGAGAAACACCAAAGCCUCCUUCUCCUCCCCCACCACCACCUUCUCCCCUUCCGCCUGCUCCGAUUCUUCUUCUAGCGCAACCAAAUGCAAAGCCGGAUGCCGUUCAGCUUUUGCUGGACCAGUGCGAGUGUGAAAUGGUGACUGCAGACAUUACGGAAGACCUCCGGUAA